AUGUCCGACCAUCCCCCUCCCCGCCCGGAGCACCCCUCCCACGAGGGAACGCCCACCCCCGGUACCUCAACAACACCAGAACAGGGAGGAGGCUCUGGUAGAUCGCACGAUACAUCUAUCGGAACGGCUGAUCGAGUCUUCCCAAUCCGAUCACUUGUCUCGCUUGACCCCUCGGCACGCAACGAUGUGUCUCACGCCACGAACCCAACCCUAUCUCCUACCGGAGGCGCUCGGCAUUAUUCGAUUAUAGACGAUCAAACCUGGACACGAAUGCGAUCAGAAUCGGAGAGCAGGACAAAUUCAAUCGACCUGAGUGGCGGUACUCGACCUACACCGCAGACUUCGGAGCCCGCGUCGUCUCAGCGGAUGUCCGAAUCGUCUACCCGACCUCGAUCGAACACUUUAGGAUCGCGGAAGGGUGAUGAUAACACGGUUUUUACUCCUACCUCUCAAGACGAACCCGACCAGGAAGCUUACGAGCUUAUGACCUCGCGGUUCCGUCAUAUUGUGACUGACGACGGACAUGCUGUGAUCACCGGGAGGACCGUCGACUCGUUCAAAGCUUGUGAAGAUGAGCCGAUCCAUAUUCCGGGCGCAAUUCAGAGUUUUGGUGCUUUGGUUGCUGUAUGUGAGGAGCCCAACGAGCAGAUGGUCGUUCGCGUCGUGAGCGAGAACUCAAAGGACAUUCUCGGCUACUCCCCGAAUGAUCUCUUUUCUCUUUCUACCUUCUGCGAUAUUCUCUCAGAUGACGAGACAGACACAUUUUUGGACCACGUGGAUUUUGUCCGGGACGAGGGUUACGACCCGGCAGUGGAUGGCCCGGAGGUAUUUAUCCUCACCGUGAAUACACCCGACGGUAGCACAGUUCGGUUAUGGUGCGCCAUGCAUAACAGUCCAACAACCAAUGGCUUGGUUGUUUGCGAGUUCGAAUUGGAGGAUGAUCAUGCCAGCCCUCUGACCGUGUCGGGCCAGAUCUCGCCUGCAGCUCCCGCGAAUACUCUCGACGUGAAGCCAACGAUGGAACAGAUGACUGGUAGUACAACCACGAUCAAUCAACCAUUGCGCGUCCUGCGCCGCGCCCGCCGGCGAAAGGGUGAAGCAGCCGCGAUGGAGGUUUUCGGCAUCGUCAGCCAGAUUCAGGAGCAACUGGCUCGUGCGGAUAGCAUGGAUACGCUUCUGGAUACAACUGCGGGUAUCGUAAAGGAGUUGACCGGCUUUCACCGUAUCUUGGUCUACGAAUUUGACUCGGAGUUCAACGGUAAAGUUGUCGCAGAAUUAGUCGACCCCACCAUGAGUAUCGACUUGUUCAAGGGCCUGCACUUCCCAGCUGGUGACAUACCAAAACAAGCGCGAGACUUGUACCGGAUCAAUAAAGUUCGGUUGCUCUAUGAUCGCGAUCAUGUAACCGCACGGCUGGUGUGUCGGACGCUCGAGGAUCUUGAAACGCCCUUGGACAUGACCCAUUCCUAUCUUCGCGCCAUGUCUCCCAUCCACAUUAAAUACUUGGCCAAUAUGGAAGUUCGAUCGUCCAUGUCUAUUAGCGUGAACGGUCCGAACGACUUAUGGGGCCUUAUUUCAUGCCAUUCAUACGGCUCUCGGGGGAUGAGAGUAUCAUUCCCCAUUCGGAAAAUGUGCCGACUAAUUGGUGACACCGUCUCUCGAAACAUCGAACGCCUAUCCUAUGCGUCUCGGCUGCAAGCACGCAAGCUUAUCAACACAGUGCCGACAGAUGCAAAUCCCUCUGGAUAUAUCGUCGCCUCGUCAGAUGAUCUGCUUCGAUUAGUCGAUGCCGACUACGGAGCUCUGUGCAUUCGCGGGGAGAUCAAAAUUCUGGCAAAAUCACAUCAGUCACAAGAGAUGCUCGCAUUGUUGGAGUAUCUAAGAGUGCGAAAGCAUAACUCUGUCCUCACUUCUAGCCAUAUCGUUAAGGACUUUCAGGACCUCCAUUAUCCCCCAGGCUUCAAAAAUAUUUCAGGACUGCUUUACGUACCUCUGUCCACGGAUGGGCAGGAUUUCAUUGCCUUCUUCCGUCGCGGUCAAUUAACCGAGGUGAAGUGGGGUGGCAACCCCAACUUGGCCAAGUUCUCUGAGGGCCACUUGGAGCCCCGGAAGAGCUUUCAGACAUGGAGUGAGACAGUUUUGGACCGGUGCCGUGACUGGACCGAGUCUGAGGUAGACACUGCCGCUGUUCUUUGUCUAGUAUACGGCAAGUUCAUCAAGGUCUGGCGACAGCAGGAGGCCGCCCUAGAGAGCUCCAGCCUCACCAAGUUGCUUCUGGCGAACUCUGCCCAUGAGGUACGCACGCCGCUGAAUGCCAUUGUCAACUACUUGGAGAUUGCCCUCGAAGGAGCAUUGGACGGCGAGACACGGGAUCACUUGAGCAAAUCCCACUCGGCUUCCAAGUCCUUGAUAUAUGUCAUUAAUGAUCUUCUCGAUCUUACCAAUGUGGAGAAAGGGCAAAACCUCAUUAAAGAUGAGCCCUUCGACUUGCCGGCAACGCUCAAAGAGGCAACAGCCAUGUUUGAAAGCGAGACGAAUAGAAAGUCUUUGAAAUACACGGUGAUACAGCACCCUGGGAUCCCCGAUACCGUGGUCGGAGAUCAGCGGCGUGUCCGACAGUCGAUUAGCAAUCUCGUCUCCAACGCAAUCCAACAUACCACCGAGGGUAGUGUGACUGUGGAAAUGUGGCAUGCUCCUGGCGAAGGUGAUCCGGACAAGCCGACGGUGAAAAUUGCGGUUCUGGAUACAGGGGACGGAAUCUCACCGGCUACACUUGAGCGACUAUUCCGGGAGCUGGAGCAGGUCACUGGGGAGGACGAUUCCGAGAACCGUGGUGACAAUGGGGAGAAUACUUCGCUCGAAGGCGCUGCUCCGCAAGAGAAGACCGUUUUGGGACUCGGUCUGGCGCUGGUUGCUCGAAUAGUGCGCAACAUGCACGGACAACUGACGGUGAGAUCCGAAGAGGGCAAAGGCAGCCGAUUCCAGAUUUCACUGCAACUCCCGGUUCCUGAUGGGUCAGAGACUCCAAGCCCGGGCCUCGCAAGCGGUCCGGUCGCGACCAAAGACUCUGUGGCUGCAUUUCCUACUCAGGGAGAUAUGGUUCUUGUCGAUAACACCUCUGCUUCGAAACGUAACAGUCCUCCUGGCACUGGCUCAGAGGAUAGUACCCCGAAAGCCGAACAGAAUACGCCGCGUGGAACUGCACAGCCUCUAGAUCAGGUUGAAAAACAACUGAGAGACUCCGCAGAGGCAGCCUCCCAUCAACUCGGAUCAGCUGCCAAGCCUACUUCUAAACCAUAUGAGUCCGAGUCGCCCCUUCGAGUGCUUGUGGCUGAAGAUGAUCCUAUCAACGCGAAAAUAUUACAAAAGCGACUGGGGAAACUCGGGUACACUGUCAAGUGGACAAUGAACGGGGAGGAGUGCGCGAAUGCGUACGCCCAAGACCCGACGCAGUGGGAUGUGGUGUUGAUGGACAUUCAGAUGCCCAUUCUCGACGGUAUGGAUUCCACAAAACGAAUUCGCGAAUUCGAAAAACAGCACGUCUCACCCAACCUCCAUGUCCCCGUCUUUGCCGUAUCGGCGUCUCUCCUCGAGAAGGACGCGCAGAUGUACAUAGACCUAGGCUUCGACGGAUGGAUCAUGAAGCCGAUCAACUUCGAACGCCUCAACACACUUCUCGCCGGCCUCCACCAGGAACACGCACGGAACGGAGCCGUUUACAAACCGGGCCAGUGGGAAAAAGGAGGAUGGUUCACGCGGUACACGUCGUGA